AUGUCGAUUCCCAACGAAGCUCUGCAGAAGCUACUGCAAGAAAUCGAGACCCAGGCCAUCACCUCGCAGCAACAACUGAACAUCACCAAGGCGCAAAUCACAGCCAAGCAGAAGAACGCCCGUCUCCUCGAGUUGACAUCGAAGGAACUUAGCACGCUGCCGAAGAAUACCAAGGUGUAUGAGGGUGUGGGCAAGAUGUUUGUUGGUGUCCCGAUGCAAGCUGUCGACAAGCGCAUGUCGUCCGAGAAUAGUACGUUAAAAACCGAAAUUUCUGGCUUGGAGAAGAAACUGGACUACUUUGAGACGACACAUGCGAAGGCCCGCGAGAACCUGGAGGCAAUUUUGAAGCCGCGCAAGUAG